CAGUUAAAGAGUUUACUUUGGAACCGCUUUUAUCUAAGACUUUGGCUGCAGCCUGAUAUUCCCAUGCCAGGAAAACAGCUCUUUAAUGAACUCAAAGUACCAUUGCACUUUUUUUUUUCUUUUUUUUUUACGUUGGAUACACACCAGCUAAUUGUGGCUUCUGAUUGGUUGAAGAUUAUUUUCCAGCAAACAUUUCAAACACCCAGGGAAUAUAUAUAUAAAUACACAUCAUUUAAAAAUGCUACCUUUUGCAAAGCUUGGAAUCUCUUUUGCUGAGAGGUAUUUAACCACCCUGUAUCAUGGCAUCAAAAAUCAAAGACAGCUGGAUGUGGAUGUUGCUGAAAAAGAGAAAUAUAAGUGUCCAGCACAGCAUCCCUACCCCUGCAGUAUGCGACCUAAAAACUAAAGGGGCACAUCUCACCUGCCCUCUUUCUCUGUCUGCCCUACCUGGACCAACAAACUUGCCCAUUCUGGGAAGCUUGCUUGACAUCUUAAGGAAAGGAGGUCUGAAAAGGCAGCAUGAAGCACUGGCUGGUUACCACAAGCAGUUUGGGAAGAUAUUUCGCAUGAAGCUUGGUUCAUUUGACUCUGUCCAUAUUGGGGCACCCUCUCUUCUAGAAGCUCUCUAUAGAGAAGAAAGUAAUUAUCCAAAGAGACUCGAGAUCAAACCAUGGAAAGCUUACAGAGAUUUUAGGAAUGAGGCAUAUGGACUCCUGAUAUUAGAAGGAAAGGACUGGCAGAGGGUUAGAAGUGCAUUUCAACAGAAGCUAAUGAAGCCAACAGAAGUUGGAAAAUUAGAUACAAAAAUCAAUGAGGUUUUGGUUGAUUUUAUGAAGCGACUUGACAGCAUCUGUGACAAAAAUGGAAAAAUUGAAGAUCUGUAUUGUGAGCUGAAUAAAUGGUCACUAGAAAGUAUCUGUCUUGUUCUCUAUGAAAAAAGGUUUGGAUUUUUGCAGCCCAAUUUAGGAGAAGAAGCUCAUAACUUCAUAACAGCUAUCAAAACAAUGAUGGGUACUUUUGGAUUGAUGAUGGUGACACCAGUUGAGUUACACAAAAGCUUAAAUACAAAAAUAUGGAAAGACCACACUCAUGCAUGGGAUCACAUAUUCAAAACAGCGAAAUGUCACAUAGACAGGCGACUGAUGAAAACAUCUGCCAAACUCACAGAAGAUUUUCUAUGUUCUAUUUACCAAGACAGCAAAGUGUCAAAGAAAGAGAUGUAUGCUGCUAUCACAGAAAUGCAGAUUGGGGCAGUGGAAACGACAGCCAACAGCUUACUUUGGGCUAUUUUUAAUGUUUCUCGCAACCCUCGUGUCCAAGAAAAGCUUCUGCAGGAGAUCCAACAAGUGCUAUUACCAGACCAAGUACCACGUGCAGAAGACAUAAGAAAUAUGCCAUAUCUCAAGGCAUGCCUGAAAGAAUCAAUGAGGAUAACCCCAUCUGUGCCAUUUACCACUCGAACCCUUGACAAGGAAACAGUUCUUGGAGAAUAUGUGUUGCCAAAAGGAACCGUACUCACUAUAAACAGUCAUGUGUUGGGGUCCAAUGAAGAAUGUUUUGAUGACUGUAAUCAGUUCAGACCUGAGAGAUGGCUUCAGGAAAAGAAUUCCAUUAGUCCUUUUGCUCAUGUUCCAUUUGGUAUUGGAAAGAGGAUGUGUAUUGGACGUCGGUUAGCAGAAAUGCAGCUACAGUUAACUCUUUGUUGGCUUAUAAGAAGAUACAGAAUUGUCCCUACGGAUACUGAUCCAGUGGAAACGAUACACUUAGGAACAUUGAUACCCAAUCGUGAUCUUCCAGUUGCGUUCUUCAAGCGAUAGAAUAAGUUACAGACCAGAUAAAGUACCAAGUUGGAGAUAAAUACUACGACGUUGUAGCUAACCUCAGUGGCAUUAACUGUCAAGUUAUGAAGCCUUGAUCAAGUGAUAAAACAGGCAGAAGUUUACAUUCAGUCAUUCUGCUGAAAUGCUGACGUGCAUAAACUACGUACAGUGUAAACAUAAUGGAAAGCUGGGUUUGCCCAGGUCUAUGACAUCUCUAGUCAAGGUCCAAAUCAUGCAGAGUUUACAGAAAAAAAUAUAAAAGUAGUAUUUGUUUUCAUGAAGGUGAGCCAGUGUUGGUUGUUUUUGCUGAGAUAAGAAAAGCCUCAGUUAAAAAUAUAUACCUUGUACAUUGAACAUAGGCAGGGUGUCUGGUUUAACUCAGAAUUAAAACACAUUCAUUUGUUUGACAGUUCAUAGGGUCUUUCUACCUUUUCUGUAAUUUAUUUACUACAAAGUCUUGAAACUGCUGUUGUGAGUUACUUGCUCCAUUUUAUAAUUUGAACUUUUGAGUAUAAUUAAACAUUUAAUACAUUCCUAUGUCUAGACAUAAAUUUAUAAAAGAAUUUUGAGAAACUAUCGAUUCAGUUAUGUCUGAGACAUCUAUACUUCUACCUGUGCUAGCUAGUUCAUUAUAGGGCAUUACAGCUGCUUGUUGUAGAAUUGCUGUCAACAUAAAAAAUACAACAGGGACAGUGUAUAUUGCACACAGUGUGCACAAAAUAUUGUAUUCAAACUAUUCAAACUAUUCUGUUGUCUACAGGAGAUUAGCAGAUGGAAGUUAUUAUUUUGCUUUUCUAAUGUAAAGUGCAGGAGACGUAGAUGCCACAAUAUCCAAUCAGAUAAAUAAAUAAGGCUAAUAAGGUGUUUGAUUCCCAGUUUAUAGAUCUCCAUGUCAUGCCUGCAUUUUUACAAUGUGACACCCAGGCCAAUUAUACCAAAGGACAGGUAGUAAAAAAAACCAGGAUAAUCAUGACAGUUAGCAAGUAUUGUGUAUGUAUCUCCUUAAUUAAAGACAGCUACAAGAUUCAUUAUAGAAGACAACUUUGGAAUCUUGAAAGUUCUGGGAUCAUCAGUGAGGAAUAUGGUUAGAAAGUCAGAAAUUAUUACAAGCAACUUGUUUUCUCAAUACUGGUAAUUUAUAUGUAAGAACGAGAAGGUUGGCCAAAUAUCGAGAAAAAAAAGAUUGUUUAUAGAAUUUGGAGUUUUGAGCCAACAUAGUCAAUUAUAUUCAGUAGAUAAACUAAUACUCUAUAUUUUCAUUUACAAAGGAUCAAUUUGAUUAAAAACAAGUUAUAUACAGUAUUUGUGCUUUUGCUAUAUAUAGUGUUUUUCUAAAACGGUUUAAAAUGUUACAUGGUGUAAUAUUUGUUCAAGUGUCAUUUCUUGUUUUCUAUUUUUUAUGUUUACAUAUAUUGUGUAUUUAUUAUUUAUUUAGCAUGAUAGUUGCUAUUGUAGCUGCUAUUAAUAUUAUCUAGUAAGGCUAUAUUAGUAUUGUUUUGUGUAUAUAUAACAUAACCUCAAAAUCUUUAUGUAAUAGAACUUGACAUAGAUCUUUUCUUUAAUACAUAUAUUUGUAAAUGAAAAAUUAAACAAUGAUGUUGGCAAAAAAAAUAAAAAAAAUAAAUCAAA